UUUACGAGAGCUUUAGAGGACAAAUCAAUGUGAACAAGCAUAGUUCCUGAAAGGUAUCAGAGCCUCACUGCCAUGGCUGUGACAUGGGUCUGGGCUGUGGUUGCUGUCCUGAUGGUGACUUCACCUGCACCAUCACAUGCACAGAUGUUUAAUUGGUUUGGAUGGGGAGCAAAGCCAACAACUGCUUCCACCACAAUUCCCACCACGAACCCUGCAGUUUUGACUACAUCUGAAGCAGCUCUUCUACCUGAUGCAUCACCAGCUGAACAAAAAAGUCUUCCUGAAGCAGUAACCGUUACAGACCAGAAGACCUUUUAUACAGAUACAAAUCAGAUGUCACCUUCUACAUUGCUGCCUGAUCUCACAACUUCAGUAUCUUCAUCAUCACAGCUAGCAGCUACAGAAUCUUCACCUGCAGUGAGUAAACCUCCACAGUCUAAUAAGACCUUCACCCAAGCAUCUCCAAGCAAGCUGACCACACCAGCACAGCAUCCCUUACCAGCCUCCUUGAAAAAUCACAAGCAUAUGACAGAAUCUUCUCUGAGAAAUCCUCCUGAAGAAAACUUAUUCAGCAUUUUUCAGGUAGAGAUAAAUGGUGAGUCUGUUGUUGAGAUUACAGCACCUACAUCUAAGGAUGUAUCCACCUCUGUGUCUGAAGCUUCAACUGCUCAGAACCUGGACAAGGAGAACAUUGCUGGUGUGGGGGCUGAAAUCCUAAAUGUUGCUGAAAAUAUUCGAAGCUUAAUGAAUGUUUGGUUAGAAAAACCUGAAAAUGAUUUGCACACCUCUACUGGUCCUACACCUGAUCAACAAGAGAUGACAAAUGUGAGUACCUCAGCUGUUCAGAUAAAUGGGACAGAUAACUUAAAUCUGCCUGGUUCUAGGAAGAAUGACGAAAACAUGACUGAGACCCACACAUACAUUCAUCUUUCUGGUUCCAGUAAUCAGACUUUUAACAUCAGUGCAAGAAAUCAAGAAAUGGCCAAUGCAAUUGCCCCGACUGUUCAGAUAAGCGAAAUGGACAACUUAAAUCUGCCUGGCUCGGAGCAGAAAGAAGAAAGCACCAUUAAGACCCACACAUACAAUCAGUCUUCCGGUUCCGGUAGUCAGACUUUUAACAUCAGUGCAAGGAAUCUUACGUCACCAGGCCGUGCAACUGUAGAGGUUGGUCUCUUACAACUCAUCGGAGAUCCACCGCCAGAACAGAUCACCAAGAUCUUUGGUCCUGAUAAGAACCCCGGCUAUGUAUUUGGAGAAGAGGCCAACACAGGCCAAGUGGCCCAAUACCAUCUCCCCAACCCCUUAUUUAGAGACUUUUCUAUUCUGUUUCACAUCCAACCAACAACUAACAAGGCUGGGAUGCUGUUCUCUAUCACUGAUACCUCACAAUCCAUUGUCUACAUUGGGGUGAAGUUGACUGAGGUCAAAGCUGGUAAGCAGCAGAUUAUUUUUUACUACACAGAGCCUGGAUCACCAGUAUCUUUCCCUGCCGCCACCUUCACUAUUGGAGCACUGACUAACCUAUGGACACGCUUUGCCAUUGGUGUGGAGGAUGAGGAAGUUGUGUUAUUCAUGAAUUGUGAUGAAGUGGAGAGGACUCGGUUUGAGAGAUCUCCUGAUGAGAUGGAGCUGGAAGAGGGUUCUGGACUUUUUGUUGCCCAGGCUGGAGGCGCAGAUCCUGAUCGCUACCAGGGAGUCAUUGCCGAACUAAAGAUCAUAAAUGAUCCCAGAGCGGCAGAAAUGCAAUGUGAUGAGGAUGGAGAUGAUUCUGAUGUGAUUUCUGGAGACUUUGGCAGUGGCAUCCCAGAGAGAGAGAUUGUGGAGGUGGUGACCAAGGCUCCAACAAGACUCAAGGAACAAGCUCCCAUCACAGUACCUCCCAUACAGAGACCAUCUUUGGAAAAAGAGACUAUUGUACAGAGAGUGAAAGUAGAAGGUCAGCCAGCCCAGAACGGACAGAAAGGAGACCGAGGCGAGAAGGGUGAUAGAGGUCCUGAAGGUCCAAAAGGUGGAAGUGGUACCAGUACAAGCUCAGGUGUUGUCACUAAAGGAGAAAAGGGCCAGAAAGGAGAAGCUGGACUUAAAGGUAGUGCAGGAUUUGCAUAUCCAGGAACAAAGGGAGACAAAGGAGACUCUGGAUCCCCUGGUGUAGCCGGGCCACCUGGUCCUCCAGGGCAACCAGUAUUACAGAGCAGAGAAGGCAGCACUGUACAGCAAGUUCCAGGACCUCGGGGACCUCCUGGUCCACAGGGACCUCCAGGAGCAGACGGAGAGCCUGGUGACCCUGGAGAAGAUGGCAAAGCUGGUGAAAUUGGACCUCAGGGAUUCCCAGGAACACCAGGAGAUCCUGGUCUGAAGGGAGAAAAGGGUGAUCCAGGAGUUAGUAUUAGAGGUCUACCAGGACCACCAGGACCUCCAGGCCCAGCUGGCCCAGCCACCAAAAUGGAUAAAUUGACAUUCAUUGACAUGGAAGGUUCUGGAUCUGGGUCAGGUGUAGAAAACAUCAGAGGACCACCUGGUCCACCCGGGCCUCCCGGUGUACCUGGAUUGCCAGGAGUACCAGGACAGUUUGGAACGAACACCACAGGAAUACCUGGCCCCCCUGGCCUACCUGGUAACCCUGGACAAAAUGGAAUGCACGGCCCCCCUGGUCCUCCGGGACCCCCAGGAAAAGAUGGAAUCCCAGGGAUUUCCGGACUUGCUGGUGAGAGGGGUAUAGACGGUGAAAUUGGGCUUCCAGGAGCUCCUGGACCAAAAGGAAAAGAUGGGGAUCCUGGAAUUCCAGGAACUCCUGGAGAAAUGGGCUUAGCAGGACUUCCUGGACCAAUAGGACCACGUGGAAUACCUGGACCCCCAGGGCCUCCUGGUCCCGCUGGACCUGGAUUAGGUGUUGGAUUUGAUGAUAUGGAAGGUUCUGGAUUUGGUUUUGGUGGUCGUGGAGUUGCGGGCCCACAGGGACAAACAGGGAAACCAGGACUUCCAGGCUCAAAGGGAGAUCGUGGAAUUCCAGGUUUGGAUGGAAGACCUGGACUUGAUGGAUUCCCUGGUCCUGAGGGUCCAAGGGGAGAAAAGGGGGAUACAGGAGAAAGGGGAGAACCUGGUCGUGAUGGCAUUGGACUUCCUGGACCACCUGGACCUCCCGGUCAAAUCAUUUACAGCGAUAGCAGGGCGAUUGCUGGAGGAAUAGAGAGAGAAGAGGCUAGAGACAUUGGGCCCCAAGGACCCAGGGGAUACAAAGGUGAACAAGGUGAUCAAGGUUAUCCAGGACUGCCCGGAAUUAAGGGAGAGAAAGGUGACCCAGCAAUGAUUAUGGGACCUGAUGGCACCCUACUUGUGGAUAGCCCGAGAAUAUUGAAGGGAGACCCAGGACCAAGAGGUCCACAAGGACCAAUGGGACCUGAAGGCCAACCAGGACAGAAAGGUGAAAUUGGAUUCCCAGGAAGGGCCGGUCGUCCUGGUAUGAAUGGACUGAAAGGAGAGAAAGGUGAUCCUGCAGAUCCUACUGGUUUUGGAAGGGGAGCACCAGGACCUCCUGGACCACCUGGUCCUCCAGGGAACAAUGUAUACAGUGAUCAGGGGGCUGUUGGGCCACAAGGAUAUCCAGGUCAGAAAGGGGAGCGAGGAUUUCCAGGAUCAAAAGGUGAUCAGGGAGAUGUUGGCCCUGCUGGCCCACCAGGAAGUUUCCCAUAUGAUUUGAGAGAUAUAGCAAAUUGGGCAUUAAAGGGAGAGAAAGGAGAACCUGCAGGAGGAUAUGACCAAGGAAUACCAGGUCCUCCAGGUAAUCCUGGAUAUCCAGGACUGCCGGGCGCUAAAGGAGACAGCAUCCAAGGUCCUCCAGGUCCACAGGGUCCUCCAGGACCUCCUGGCGUGGGAUACGAUGGAAGACAGGGAUCACCUGGACCCCCAGGACCACCAGGACCUCCUGGACCUCAGUCAUAUCCUGGACCCAACAGACCAGCUUUAAGCAUUCCAGGACCACCAGGACCUCCAGGGCCACCCGGAUCUCCAGGAGGGUCAGGUGGAUAUUCUACAGCUACAGUACUGCAUACUUUCCAGACUAUGCUUCACCUGGGCCAGACUUUGCAGGAAGGGACCAUUAUACUGGUGCUGGACCAAUCAGAACUAUAUGUGCGAGUCAGGAAUGGAUUCCGAAAAAUACUUCUUGGUGACUAUGUAACACUGAAUGGUAACGGCCAGGGUAAUGAAGUUGCUGCGGAACAACCACCUGUUAUUCAUUAUCCUUCUGGCAACAGAGAUUCAGGAUAUUAUCAGUCUACAGAUGAGCAUGUUCCUCCACCUCACCCUCCACGACCUGAGCCACCACCUCAAGUCUUUCCCAGACCCGCAGAGCCAGAGAGAAAUGUCCCUGCCGUCCACACACACCAAGAGUACCAAGCAGCGUUACAUCUUGUGGCAUUAAAUGCCCCACUAAGUGGCAGCAUGCGUUCCAUCCGCGGGGUUGACUUCCAGUGCUUUGAGCAGGCGCGUAAAGCUGGACUUCAUGGAACAUUCCGGGCAUUCCUAUCAUCACGGCUACAGGACUUGUACAGCAUAGUCCGUAAAGCUGACAGACUCAACGUGCCCAUUGUCAAUCUUAGGGACGAGACACUGCUUGACAGCUGGGAAUCACUAUUUUCGGUUUCUGAGGGACAGAUGAAGCCUGGGGCUCGAAUCUAUUCAUUUGAUGGACGGGAUGUUGUAACAGAUUCUACUUGGCCACAGAAGAUGAUCUGGCAUGGGUCAGACACCAAAGGUCGCCGUCUCGCUGAGAACUACUGUGAAACCUGGCGUACAGAUGAGAGCAUAGUGACCGGCCAAGCGUCAUCUCUAUUAAGUGGGAAACUCCUAGAGCAGCGUUCUCAGAGCUGCAACAAGAACUUUAUUGUCCUGUGCAUUGAAAACAGCUUCACGUUCACAGGCCAGAAAUAAGAGCACACCGAACAGCCAAAGUGGCGCCUAUCCUGGCAGAAGCUGCACAUGGACUUCCCGAGAUUUCUUCUUGCCUCCAGAGACCAAAGAGUCGGAAGCUGCUCUUCUCUGAACACUAAUGUGCAGUGUUACUGUCCCGUUCUUAUGGGGCCACAUCACUUGGAUACAACGGUUGAGCUAUUCCAUGCCUCAGCUCAACACACUCACUUUUAGUUUUGCAUUGUGAAAGAGGCUGCAAUUCCAAAAAUUGAAAAUCCAGCUGAGAUCAUAUUGAUUCUAGUUGUGCCAACCUCUACUGAAAAUCCAGUCUUCCCGGGAGCACAGGGUUCUUUGCAACCAAGCUGUCCUAAGAGGGAGCUCGCCUAUGAUAGUAAAAGAGUUGUGCAAAGCUUAUGGGUGCAUAUUUGCACCACCUUUGGAAUAGUCUCUGUUUUAUUCUGUAAUAUUUAACCACUUUUAGUUACAGACACACACGUACGUCUGCAUUAAUCCCUUGUGAAUGUCUGUUUCCUAGUUCUCUCUAUGACAAAUACCCGGUGACUACCACUAUAUUUAUUAGAGUACUCUUUAAGAAAAAAAAAAAAAGAUAGGACAACCUAAAUGUUUUGGAGCUACAGUGCAUAUUAAGCUAUUGUCAGCCUACUGAAUCAUUCCUGUUAUUCUUCUUCACUUUGGUCUUUAGGGUGGCAGAUGCCCAGUAAACACUGUACUCCCUGGAUCGAGGCUGCUCUGUACUUGAUCUGCCCAGCUUGACGAGGUCAUGUUUUACUACUUGGGACCGUUGUAAUUUUUAAUCGCAGAUGUUAUGUUAGUCAUAUUUUUGUUUUAUAUCUAGUUAUUCACGUUUACUUGUUUGGAUGAGACAAAUAGAAGGAGAAACACUAGUCCAUGGAACCCUGAACAUUCCCAGCUCUGCUAGGUGUGUACACAAUGAAGCUUAUCGUGAUAGUGCUUGCACCUAAAGUCACGUCAAACAAUUAUUAAUUGCCACCUGAACCAGAACCACUAGGGGACCCUCUAUAGCAGGGAUGUCAAACUCGUGAUCCUCCACCUUUUGCAGAAACUACAACUCCCAGCGUGCCCUAAUAGCUGUAGGCUGUCCUGGCAUGAGGGAAGUUGUAGUUUUGCAACAGCUUGAGGGCCACGAGGUUGGUAUCCCUGCACUACAGCCUAGAACGGUCUUUCCUGAACUUAGGAAAACCUCCAAAUAUUGGAGAAUAGUGAGUCACGGAGUGUCAAGUAAACUUCAAUGUGCAUAUACAAUUUAAAGAAGAUGACCUGUACAGUUCCAUGCAUGUAUGAUCCAUCAGGGGUGGGCAACCUACGGCACUCCAGCUGUUGUAAAACUACAAUUCCCAGCAUGCUCCAUUUAUUUCUAUAAGAGGUCAGAGAAGAGCAGAGCAAGUACGCAUGCUGGGUGUUGUAGUUUCACAACAGCUGGAGUGCCGCAGGUUUCCCACCCCUAAUCUAGGAAGAAUGGUGCACUGGAAGGCCUACAGGUUAGCACAUCCUACUCUCAUUUGUGUACAUACCACAUGUAAACCUUGUGCAGCUGGGAAUGGACUCAGGUGUAUGGUACAGCAAAGUCACCAGUGAGUAUAUGAAAUCCUCAUGUGUCUAAAAGGUGCUAAAAAAUCUUUAUUUUUCUAAAUGCUUUUAGAAUAUUUUAAGACAGGAAACAGAUGGAAGAUGUCUACCGUAAUCUUUGUAUUUUAAAACAAAAAAAAAUCAAACCUGUGGAUAUUCAUUUCUAUAAAUACUUCCUAGGACUAA